ACUUGUGUGCGUGUGUGUGUGUGGUAUCACGUAUACAAAGUGUUUAGCUUUUCAAUAAAAAAAUGAUAAUUUGAGAAAUAUAACAAUUUAAGUUAAACAAUAACAAUUUAUAUACCGUUAAUUGUAAAGUAUGAUUUUCUUGCGCUCAACGUAAAUCUAACAAUGAUAAAAUUCUAUGCAAGAUCGCAAGUGGAAGAGAAAGUAUCUCACAAUUGUAAAUAACGGGUCGAUAUGAAUAUGUCUGUCAGCGAUUUAUCAGUAGGAUGUCGGUUUGCAGACUAUUUUGCCAUAUGUGGUUUAGAUUUCGAUUCAGGCUUAGAGACAGACAGACUUUCAGGUGAUAACUUACAUAUAUCACCAUUGGACCGGUCCUAUAAAGGAAAAGUACUUGCACACUAUCCUGAUAAUCUCCAUAGCAAUGCCUUUGAUGAGCAUGCUGUAUGUAUGCUUUGCUUGCCAACUGGACUCCAAUUCCGCACUCAGAAGCACUCGCUAGAACCAAAGUUUCACAGUUUUGUAGUUACUCGAGAAAAUGCAUCAAGAUACUAUGGCUGUAGCCUCAUAUUUUAUGAAGAAGUUAGAAAUCGUAAUAUAUGUAGUGCCAUGCAUACAUUGCAGGCUAUGUACAUUACAGAGUUAUCAAGUGGUCAAACGCCACCAGGGCAUAGAAAGAACUCAGGCAAGGAAAGCUCAAGAUCACUGCCAAGAUCAUUUAAACUAUCACCUCAUACAGGAUCUGCUUUAACAUAUUAUGAUAUAACCAAAGACAAACUUUAUGUAGCCAAAAGUAUAGCUCUCAUAUGCCAAUACCCGUUUAUUCGGGUAGCACAGUUAUUUUUAGAGAAUUUAUUUAGGUCUUUGCCUCGUCAACCAGGGCCAGGUCUAAGCCCUGAAUCAUAUGUAUAUAAUUUAUUAUAUGAAGUGCCAGUACCUUUGCCAGGACAAGCCUUAAGGCUUUAUGUCCCUCCGCCAGAGCCACACCUGGAUCCUAUACCAGUUGUGAUAAGAAUGCCAAAUCCACCAGAAGAACUACCCCUUCUGGACUAUCCACUGCGCAUAAUGUUCAAUAUUCUGGGUGUUGAAUGUAUUGUACAAUUGUUUACCUGUGUGCUAUUGGAGCAUCAAGUUUUACUAAGAUCUACUGAUUAUAACAAGCUUAUGCUAGUAGCGGAAUGCAUUGUGUCAUUGCUGUUGCCAUUUACGUGGGCUCACGUAUACGUACCAAUAUUGCCAGCGCCACUUUACCAUUUUCUCGAUGCGCCGGUUCCAUUCGUUAUGGGACUACACUCUGAUGGUACAACCAUAGUAGGAUCAAAUGGUCUUAGGAACAUAGCUUUAAGCUCUGAAGCGGCUCUCUGUUUAGUCGAUAUCGAUAAACCAGAUAUUCAGUUACCCGAAGAACUGCCAAUAUUUCCUCAUAGGACGCCUUUUAUUGAAGAGCUCAACCAUGUAUUGGAUAAACACCAGAUACAAAGACCAGAAACAGAGCCCACGAAGCUUGGAGUACCAUUGAAUGGGACGUACAAGCAUAUGAAUGAUGGAAUGAGUAGCAGUUGUACUUUACCCUCAGGCGGUCUUCGUCGCAAGCACUCAUUCCACGAUGUGUUAGAGUGGGACGAAAGUAGGCCGUUAAACGCAUCGCCGCCCGGUUCCCCUACGAGACGACAUCCAAGGAGAUUAGACGCCUUGCAACGGAUCGUUGAUAUUGUUAAGCGCACUGGUGUCAAUAUAGACGAUGUGGAUUCAGAGACAGUUAUGCCAACGACUAAGAAAAUAAUACUCAACGACGAAGAUCAAUACAAUGAAGACGUUCGUUUUAAUAUAGGGAUACGAGAAACGUUCCUGAAUCGAUUCGUUCAUAUGUUCCUAAUGUAUGAGAAUUUCGUUAUUAUGCCUGAUCAGGAUCGCGAUUCGUGGCUGUCAUCCCGCGAGUCUAUGGUGAAUUUUGAUAAGGCAUCGUUUUUGUCCGACCAACCCCAAAGACAUAGACCAUUCCUUUCACGUUUUUUGGAAACUCAGAUGUUUGCGACCUUAAUCGACAACAAAAUUAUGGCGAAUUGGGGCGAAUUUGAUGCGAAUCUUCAAGUUUUUGAGCACAGGAUUAAAAUUGUUAGACGUCGACUGGGUGAAGGGGGACUAGCUACACGCGGUUACAGCGUGUGGGCCGGCGCUGCCUGCGCUAAUAGUGUGUGGAGCCCCGCUGAAUUGGAAGUUGGGGCCCCGGGGGAAAGGCUUCCGCAUCGAGCUGCGUACUAUAGAGCGUUUCCUGCCCGUUUAGACGCGAACGCACUCGCACCCCCGCCAACAUCCGAUCGAAGAACAAAUAGUUUGAAGAGAAUCAAAAAUGCCAAAUGGCAGGUUAAAGAUUGCCCUCCAGAGUUGCUACUCGGUGAUAUUGGAAGGCGUCUGUCGACUGAUGUCACACCAGCGGCAAUUGCACAAAAUAAUAGGACCUUUGUUGAGAAACUUCUUAAGGAAUGCAAGAGUAAAACAAAACGAAUGCUCCUAGAGAAGAUGGGUACAGAAGAGAGUGAUUUAGGCUUAGGUUCAGAAGUAUCAAUUACAGGAAUAGAAGAAAGUACAAUGAUAGCGUCAUUGUGUGAUUUAUUGGAACGACUCUGGUCUCAUGGACUACAGCAUAAGAUGGGAAAGUCAGCUCUGUGGAUGCAUUUAAUGAAUUACCAAGAGUUGGAACAGUGUAGUAAUAAUUCAAAGGCAAUUGAUCCUAAUUAUUUGACGCCAGACCUAUCGUCAGUGGGUGCUGAAGUAGAAGCCCAGCAGUGUACAAGCACAAAUCGAUCCAGGGACAGCUCUCGUGGUGGAUCCCGAGAUAGUUCUCGAGACAGAUUGAGUAACUCCAGCACAUUGGAACGGCGGUCGUCUCAGCCUCAUAAUCCUUUACGAGCGUUGCCUGAAAAUCUCACUUUUGAUAUGAGAAACGUACAAGCCAUGACAGAUAUAAAAACCGAAAUAGGUUAUGCUCGUGCGUGGGUAAGACUGUCGCUAGAAAAGAAGUUAUUAUCAAAACAUCUAAGAGAACUCCUCUCUGACACAACCUUACUGAGGUCCCAGUACAAAAGGACUGCGUUCUUGCGUUGCGAAGAAGAGAGGGAACAAUUUCUAUACCACUUGUUAACGUUGAAUGCUGUUGACUAUCACUGUUUUACGAAUACAUAUCCUACUACAAAGUUACCAUAUAGGGUACUCAUAGUGCCGUCGCGUAAGGCGAGUCAGACCACUGCCAACUGCUGGCUGUCCAUAUCUGGGGCUAAUGGAGAAUCGACACCAAAGAUACCGAUUCCACGAAACACUAAUGAAUUUGUUUUUCACCAUAAGAACCUCGGCAUCCUUUCCACGUUACGAAUUGGUCACGACAACUCCGGUUUAUCGCCACGUUGGUUACUGGAUCAUAUAUAUGGGAGAAACGAAGUCACUGGUCAUACAUAUUUGUUCCCAUGCAACAGAUGGCUAGGGACUGGCGUAGAUGACGGGUCUACUGAGAGGGUGCUUGUAGCAGCCAGAUCUCGGCAACGUCAGUCCAGGCAAAGUGAACAUGCGCAAGCGGCCGUUUCACCUACUACAACGCAUUUAUCAACCUCUACUAUACAACAUAUGAUUGGGGAUUGCGUUAAUGCGAUAGUUAAAUGGCAUUAUCAAACAAAGCGUGAGAAAGAUGCCAACUCGCUCAGCGUGUUAUUGUGUGGCGAGAAUGGCUUGGUUAAAUGUUUGGAGCAAGCGUUUCUAUGUGGUUUCAAAUCUGCAAGACUGUUCGGGAAGAAUCUUUUUAUUUGGGAUUAUUUUAUGAGAGUGAAAGACGAAUUCAAGAUGAGCUUGUGUGAUGAGGGGAAUUUACAAGGAAACAAGAGUUGUGGCGUUGCGUACAAUUGCCGGCAGGACCAGGAGCACAGAGCUAUAUGGAGGUGUUAUUGCCACUUAAUGGACGAGAUCAAUUCGGUUGGAAGGACCUUGGGAAAGGAUGGAAAGUUUCAGUUAUUUGUUUGUCUCAGCUUGCGUGAACAUUGGCUUCAUAGAAUGCUUGUGCCGAUGUCAAUGACCCGCGUGACCACAGAGAUGUAUGAAGAACAAAGCUUUCUUCGUAAGCGUGGUUUACUUACGUUUUUGAGGCAAAUAUUGGAACCGCUCGAUGAAUUUGAUAUUGUUCUAGAAAACUCUUUAACUCAAGGUAUUUAAGUUUAAAGGAACCUGUCAUUCUCAGUGAAAUUGGAUAUCAGAUUUAGAAAUUGCUUUAGUUGCAGUAAGAGAUGGAAAAUUUCUUACAUUAACUGAUAGCUUUUACAUGAAUGUGUAAAAGCGCGUGGCGCUAACUUGACAAAUGACAUAUGGGGCUGACAGUUGACACUUGAUCUUCGUUUACGGCUACGCGUCAAUUUGUUAUCACCAUCGCUAACAUAGAAUUGUCAAAACAGCCAGUCUAUAUAUGAAUAGUUUGCGUUACAAUGCAAUACUUGAAAACGAUGUGAAAUUUUAAACAACAAAAAUAAAUUGUCAAACUGACAUGUCAUUUGUCAAGCUUUAAGAGUUGAACCACCAGCGCAAUUUAGUCAGCGCAAUUGCGCAACGCAUUAUAUUCAUAUACAAUUGCAAUAGGGAUUUUUUAUUAAAUUGUUUAAUAUUUUUUCGUUCCGGAAUCUGUUUUUAGUGCUUUAAUCAUGUAUUUUAUUUUUAUUAAGACUUUGUUGUGAGAGUGAUAAACAUUGAACUAUUUUAGGCAUAUUAUUAGUAGUUUAGACAGAAAUUAUGAUGAUUAAAUUUUCCCUACGUUUUUUACCUCAAAAUUUAGAAAUUUUAAGAGAAAUAUGUCCUACUGUCUACAUAUUAUUUAUAUUUUCUUAUCUUAAUAGUAGGUUAAAAGUCAAAUCAAAUAUAAAGGCUGCUCAAAUUUAUCGCUUUAAGUAUAAGUUUGCAUACGUUAAUAACAGAUUUAAACAAUUCGUUUGUGCCUCUGGGCCCUGGAACAGACGGAGACAUUAUGACGACAAAUCUCGGUGCAAAAUUCAAACCAUUUUUAUUGGAAUGUUUAAAUGAGAAGGAGGGUUUGAGAGACUCAACUAGCCCCAACUAGCGACAAAGGCUGUGCCAUUUUAACUGGGGCGUAAAUCGAAUGGACGUCCGAACAAACAAUUUUCACAUCAUUUUUUUUUAUUCAAACGAAAUCCGCGUAAAAGAAAUUUAAGUAGCUGUUAUAUUUGAGGGGCUUUUAGGCAUCUGUUAUACGUUCGAUUGCAUGCAAAGAAUCUAAAAUACUCUUAAGAAAACGAUAUUAUAUUCGAUACUCAUAAAAGAUUUUAGAUUUAUUAGGAUAAGAUUUUUGAACAUGGUUAUUUUAGUUUUUAUUUUUGUUAUUUGAAAAACCAAAGAUAUUUUAAGCUAUUUGAUUCAGAAUACAAAUGAUGUAAGGAAAGUGUUUUGCGUGAAUGUGAUUGGUCAAUGACGUCUCACGUACGACAUGUGUCAUAUGUCACGUUUGACAUAUCACAAUCGUGCUAUUGUGUUAUUUCGUUUAGUAAGUUCAUUAAAGUAACGAACUUUAUGUUUUGUUUGCUUAUUGUUAGAGUCUUCUAUUAAAUUUUCACACAAAACUUUCGAGGUAGCUAUGAAACAUAUCGUCCAUAAGUUAAAAUAAUUGAAGCAAUCUAAGACAAAAGACUAGUCUGCAAUUGUAUCUGUGGUGUACGUAAACUCCGGAUAAAUUACUCCAGCUAAGCCUUGUUUACUAAAGCAUUAAUUUAUUUUAUGUUCGUUUCUUUAAUGAACGCAAGCAUCUCAAUUUUUUUAAAGUGAUAUUUUAAUUGCUUGCCAGUGUAUGGGAACCAUGACUCAACAUUAAUAUAUUUUAUAUUUAUAGAAUUAAUUUAUUUCCAAUUAAAAUAGCUAAGCCAAACUCAAUAGUGUGGCUGAGGCACUUUGACAUUGAGUUGUCUUUGGUAUGGAAAUAAACGUCACAUGCCACAGGCAACAACGCCAAAAACAGUGACGUGACGUUUUAAGUAGUUUGAAGUUAAUACUAAUGUGUGUCUUGGGGUUAACACUAAACUAAAAUUUAUUGUUAAGAAGGUCCGCUUCAUAUCCCGUUGGUUACGGGAACCACAACGGGAUUUUUUUAUGUUGUUUAGCAAUGAAGCUCUCUUAUGAUCGAGUUUAUAUAUUUAACUUACUUAACCAAUGAAUUGAUGAAUGAUGUUUUGUCUCUUAAUACAAUAGAGAUCGCACAAUAGAAAGGGAGAGCACAAAAAUGACAAUGUAUACAAAAAAUGCUGUGUAUGAAAUUAUAAAUUAUUGUUAUUUUUUUAGUUUUUUUAAUUGUUUAAUAUUGAAUAAUGUAAUAUUAAGUGCCGUCCUGCACAAUUAUUGUAAACAAUUUGUGCUGUUUUCAUUAUAUCCGUCUAGUUACGUUUUCAUGUGCCAAAAUGAAAUACAAUUUCUGAUUCCACAAUUUUGUAGCUCUUAAUUCUUUUAUUAAAAUAAGGUUUGUCUAUUAAUUUAAGUUAAUUAUCUGGACAUUACAUUCUGCUAUUUCGGAUAGUAUCCUACAGAUGGCGCGAUUUUAAAGUGACUGUUACGACAAGUAUGAGUUACAUUACAGUCAAAACCCACUUAAAAAGAGCCUUUUCCGCGAGCAUUUCAACUUCCUGACAAAUCGUCUUUGUACUGUAUGUAGUUUAUUAUAUUACUGUCUACUAGAUGGCGUGGUUUAAUGUUGACACGUGGGUUAAUAUAUGAAAUUGUAUCGGUUUAUUUAAGCUUCUUUACAUUAUUGUUAAAAAUGGCGAUAACCACCUUCAAAGCCAAAAAAAAUCGGUUUAGAAGAUGGUGCACUUUUGUAAGCUAAUAAUAAUGUAAUUUGUCAUUAAUGUGUCAGAAUUGUUGACACGAGCAUGAAAAUGUUUUUUUAAUUAAUAUUUUUAAUAAACAGCCUGUAUUUAUAUGUGGUACAGGUAUAGAUAACAUAAAAAUCCCAAUAUGUUUCAUAAUGUUUGUUUCAUAAAUAAGUAAUUGAAAAAAAAAUCUUAUGUUUAUAUUUAUAAAAUGGAUUUUGUUUUGUAUUCUUGACGGCACAGAUCUCACGGAACUCGAUUAUAUUGUGUAAACGUAAAAAAUAAUUCUUAUAUAUUAAAUUAAUUGACAGCGUAUAUUCACGGUCAUCAGUUAUGAGAGACGAGGUAUUUUAUUAUCCUGAAAUAUAAAAUAUACGAAAUAUUGUACAAUGACGUUAACAAAAAUAUUGUAACAAUAUUUUUUGGUCGUAUAGUACAAUACAGUACCUUUUCUUCUUAUUGUAAGUAUUUUUCAAUAGAUUCCACAGAUUUUCUACGGAUACUGUUUUCUGAAGUAAAUUCAAUUACAAAUUAAUUGUUUAUAGAGCUCGGAUUCUAAAGAACGAUUCAUAGCAUAAAAAGUAGGUUUGUUCGGCUUGGCUGGCAUGGCUAAUAGAAAACUUCGGAUCUACUUCCCAUGAUUACUUGUGUAAUGCUAUGGUACAUAUUAUAAUAUAUAUAUCAAUAGUUUGAAAGGCAAAAAUAAUUCAUAAGCAAAUCGUAAAUAUUUUUGAAAUUUGCAUUACUUUAUCUAAGUCUUCCUAAAAUUCUUUUUAUGUAUCUUAUCGGAACCAAAGAGCAUACCUAGUGGCUAAAAAGUAUAGUUAGA